CAAUAAUACAAAAAUAAGUAUAUAUUUGUUGCUUGUCGUUUCUAAACACGUAAACGACAAGUAGUUUCCUUUAGAAAUAGAAUUAUCAUCAUAUCCAGAUUUCGAGGAGAAGAAGAAGAAGACGACGACGAGGGAGAAUCUCAUCAAACAUGACGGGUCAUAACGCGAUCGAGGUGACGAAGACGGUGCUGGAAGUAGCGGACGUGGCGUGGACCGCCGUGGAAACUUAUCACCACCACCAUCACCAUCAUAGCGACGACGGCGAGAAUCACGAGUCAACCGAUUCGAUCACCGAUCCACGGGAUCGAGAAUUAGAAGCACUUCGAGGAGAGAAUCGCCGUCUGAGGACUUUGCUUGAAGCGAAUCUUAAGCUCUUUGAAACUCUCGCUGAAUCCGCUGCGUUAUCACACGAUUGCCCUAAAGACCUCUAUGCAAGGAUUGUAUCAAUGGUUACUUCGAGAGAUUUCUUGGCUAGAUUAGAAAGUCUAAGACAAGCUUUAUCUAAUGGAACUCAAAACCAAUUUCCUUUCGAGAAACCCACAGAAGAUGAUGUGCAGACUGUUGAAGUUCUUAUAGAGAUUGAUCAUCAAGAACCAAGCUGGUGGGUUUUGGUCUCAGAUGAUAUGAUCCCUAGCAAUGUCGAAGAAAAAAGCGCAAUCGAUAACGAACAUUACAUUGUUGUGAAUGAGGAACAUGUUGUUGAUGCAGUUGCACACUUUUUAGCAAAAUGCAUCAUGUCAAAUCCCAAAGCUAAGAUUCUCAACCCUGAAGAGCUUCAAAAGCUUCUGGUCCAAGAAGUUAGUGCUCUAAGCAAGGUAGGGAAGAUAGUUGAUAUAUGGCAUGCUGGGAAAAUGUUCUACACGUUUUCCACCUGGGGACUUGCUUUUGGAGGGCUAUACCAAGCUCGUGGUGCGCUGAAGAUGGCUGCUAAGGGUGUUCAUAUGACUAGCAAGGUUGUUCUUAGGGCUCUGUGAAAGUUAUUAAGAGGUCUACAAUGCGAUGAAAGCAGAGAUGAUUCUCCACUAUCAUAGGGUAUGUGUUUUUAUGCGAGGGAAUGACUUUUUUUAAGAAGAAUUAAUUGCUAAGCAAUGUUUGUGUAAAUAGUGUUGUAAAAAGCGUUUAAUCACAACUGUAUUUUAAUUUGAUUUUAAUUCUACAUUUGUUCUUUGAUUAUCGUAUAUAAAUGCAUGGACAAUGUGUGAAUAUUGAACAAAGUUUGCUGUUUCUAUAGCUCAUGUCGAUAGUAUGUGUCAUAGUAUCCUACUAUCCCUGUAUCAAAAACACCUGAA